AACGCUCGUCACACUCGCAAUGCCACAUAUCGAAGAGCUACCGACGACGGCAAAGGCAGCCGCUCCAGGAUGGAGUUAUGUCGUCGAUACUGGAUACGACCCUUCGAAAGCCGCCAUCAACCCUUCAAGUCGCAAACGCGUGCGCGCGACCGCUGCAGGCCUCAGUCAAGGCGAUCUUACCGUCCGCCAGCAAACUGCCAUCCAACGACAUCUGGAUGAGCUCGACAAGGACAGCCACAAGCCUGUCAACAUCGCUCCACCAAAAUCCAAUCGCCGCCAGACUCAGAACACGCGACGAAUCUUGGCUUCAGGAAAGGACUUUUCGCAUUACUUGGACCAGGACGAGGCUGCAUUGGCUCUGAAGCAACACCAUGGUCCGGAAGUAGACGUAGAACCUCCCAAGCCAGCUCAAAGAGCGAGCAAGACACCUAUCGCUAGACGCAAGUUACAACCAGCUCCUGCUGCUGCAGAAGCUAGUCCUGCUCCGACCACUGCUGCUUCCAAUGCUGCUUCCACCGCUCCUUCCGCGCCUCUGAUACCGUCUUUCCUCAAGCCGUAUCUUGUGGACUCGUCCACCGAUUCACAAAAGCUCCAGCACGAUUCGCUGUUAUCGCCGCCUGCUCCACUUACAGCUACCACGGCCGAACUCGAGGCUCUGCUCUCAGCUCCACAACUUUCAUACAAUGCUGCGCGUUCUGCCCCAAGUCCAGCUACUGCUCCGCCGCAGAGAGUGUUUUGCGAGAUUUGCGGAUACUGGGGCCGUGUCAAAUGUCUAAAGUGCGGCUCUCGUGUUUGCGGGCUCGAGUGCAAGAGCGCUCACGAUGAGAGCAGAUGCAUUCGCUUUUGAGCUUGUUUUGCUAUUCUCUUCUUACCAUGAUACCCUUUUUCGCUCGUAUACAAUUACACAAGUUCCGGUCACCGAGAACCUGCUU